GCGCCUUUUUUGAAUAACAAUUUGCAAAAAAUUAUAUUUAUAGUUUUUAUACAUUAAAAGUAAGUUAAAAGUAGAUAAUAUGCAGGACGAGAGCGACGGAGAUGAUCCUAACUAUAAAUCUUCGUCAUCGAAGAAAAGGAAAAUAAUUGAAAACUCAGGCGAUAAGUACAAACCCUUUCUUAAACCUUCAUAUUCAAGAAAAUAUCCUGACAAUAAUUACAACGGAGAUUUUAUUGUAUUUGUCGAACAUUGUAAUAAGGAUACAAAAAUAGGAAACAUGAACCCCCUUAGCCUUUCGAAAAUUUUCAAAAACGCAAAAGGAGUUUAUGAAAGAGCUAGAAUAAGCGCCCGCAAAAUAAAAAUAACUUUCAAACAAGCGGCAUUAGCUAAUGAUUUCCUCAAUGCAUCAUUUAUUCAAGAAAACAAUCUAAGAGCAUAUAUCCCAGCAGCCUCUGUGGAAAGGGUUGGGGUAGUUAGGUACAUUCCUAAGGAAAUUAGUAAUAGGGAUUUGUUUGAAAAAAUAAGUAGCGAUAUUGACAUAAUUGGUAUACGUAGAUUUAUGAAAAAAGAAAAUAAUACAUUUGUUCCGUUAAAUACUAUUACUGUUACUUUUUCUGGCACUGUAUUACCACAAUGCAUUUUCUUAGAUGGAUGGAGAUAUAAGGUUCAUAAUUAUAUACCUCCAGUUUUACAAUGUUUUAAAUGCUUACUUUUCAAUCACUCUGCAAAAUAUUGUUUUAAUGAACAAGCAUGUUCUAAAUGUGCAGAGAAUCAUUCUUAUAAAGAAUGCACAUCAGAAGUUUUAAAAUGUAAAAACUGUGGAGGUAAUCACCUAGCUAUUUCUAAGGAGUGCCCAAUUAAGGCUUCUAAAAUUAAGAAAAACAUAUCUUUGAGAGUUAAUAAUUCUACUUAUGCAGACAUAACAAAUAAUUUAACAUCUUUCCCACCUCUUACAAAAGCUAAUCCUCAAAAUGUUAAAAUUGUUCCAGAAAAGAUAUCAGCCCAGGACAUUAUUAAUAAUCAAAAAAUUUUAGAAGCCAUAAUAAGCACUAUUGUAAGUAUAGGAAAUUCUAAUGAGAUUAAGACUACAACACAUAUUAAAGAAACAUUCAUUAAAAACUUUAAUAAGUAAUGGAUAGUAUUAAUAUUGUACAGCAUAACAUCCAGAGUUUAAAUAAUAAAAAACCUUUACUUCAAUCACUCUUAAUAGAUAAAGAAAUAGAUAUAGCUUUAUUAAAUGAAACAUGGCUUAAAACUUCAAGUCCUCGGGUUCAUUUCCCUGGGUAUAAUUUCAUUUAUAAAAAUGCUACAAAUGAACACGGAGGAGUGGCAAUAAUUAUUAGGAAUUCUAUAAAGUAUGUGCAGCAUCCGACUCCAAAUUAUCAAGAUAUACAGACUAUUGCCAUAACCAUAGAAACAGGUAUAGGUUCCAUUACAAUCCUUUGCAUUUACAGUCCACCUAGAAACAAAAUUAAUAAAACAAAAUUAAAAAGAAUAAUUAAUAAUCUUCCUAAACCUAUUAUCAUAUCGGGUGAUUGUAACGCCCAUCACAUAGCUUUUGGUUGUACAAUAAAUAAUACAAGAGGACGAGACUUGUAUGAAGUUAUAGAUGAAUAUAAUUUAUGUAUUUUAAAUACAGGUUGUGCUACUACAGUAGGCAGACCAAACAAUAACACUUCUGCAAUUGAUGUUACACUAGUGAGUCCAGAGUUGGCUCCCUAUUGUGAAUGGCAUGUCGGUGACGAUCCGUUGGGAAGUUAUCACUUUCCAACUUUUACAAAACUUAAUACUUCUCCUAUGCAAUAUGACAUAAAUAAAAAUGUAAAUAAGUAUUUAUUCAAAAAAGCUAACUGGGAUAAGUUCUUUAAUAUGUCAAAAGAUCUAUUUCAAGAUUUUGAAUAUAAUUUACAAAAUCCUUUAGAAAGUUAUAAUCAUUUCUGUGAUCUACUAAACACUU